AUGUUCAUGAAAGAUUCUUUUGGUAAAUAAAACGUGUCACAUUUCUGCUAUUUUGCACAAUAUUGAGCUGGUUAACUAUAAGGCAGACAUUGAAAAUUAAAGAUGACUUCUUAAUUAAGAAAAUGUUUACUUUCUCGUGGAAGGAAAGUAGGUCUUAUUCUAACCGAACUAAAUCUCAAGACGUUUUAAAUGACCAUGUUCGUGUUAAAAUAGUGACCUAUUCUCCAUAUAUGGAUUAAUAGAAUUAGGACCAAAAAAGUGAUAGGGCUGUUUCCCGUUAUGUUAUUACGGAAAGGUCUCAUGGAAAAAUAGAAUUCUGGUAUCAUUCAAACGACCAGCCCCUGUUAAGGUAGCAUGCACAGGCAGUGGAAAUGUACAAGAGCUAAUUAAAAUCUUUUUAUCCCUCACAGCUGCUCAUUUAAUUUCAAAUGAAAGAAGACCCGAUAAGAAAGCAGAAGGAGAUAUAUUAAAUUGCCAGGACAUUCUAGUCAUAACUACAAUGAUAAAGCUGAAUGAAAGGCUCUCUUCGAACACUAUAGUUUUCAUUUUAAGCUCUCCAUAGUCCAUGUUUCCCUUAGUCUCAAAAACUUUUUUUUUGAAUUUUUUUAGGUGUUUACUCGCAGGAAAAAAGUCCAGAGAACGGUAGAUGCCAUGAACAAAGACGAGAUAACCUGAUUUGGGUAAAAAUGCCGUAAAUUGCGGUUAUAAAUGUCACUAUGAUUAUAAGCCAGUGGUUUAUGAUUUUGACACCAACUGUGACAAUGCUCAGUUUAAUUUCUGACGUAACUAUGACCAUGACGGUAAGAAAAAUUUAAAUUGACUGUAUUAGUGAUUACAGCAGUGAUAGUUACUUUGGCAGUGACUACGUAAAUCAGGGCUGUCAAAUCUUCCGGAUAAUCCGGGAGACUCCAGAUUUUGAACCGUUUCUCUCGGUCUCCAGAUUAGAGUCUGAAAUCUUCCGGGUAAUUGCCGAAGUUUGCCAGUCUUGUAGAUUCGGCUUUCUGACAAUGAAAUUUCAAAUAUUUUGCGUUGUUUGAGCUAUUUUACUGUUAACAUCGAACGUUUCCUCACAAACUCCGGUAUGGCAUUGUAAUAUGAGCAAUAAUGUGAUUGGUGGGAAGUAAACCAGUUGGGUCAAAUGUUACAAUUCCAACAACAUGUAUUUUCGCGUGUUUUAUUUUCACAAAUGACGUAAUGUGCCGUACAUUAUGACGUCAUCUACCAUCCCUUCCACAUGAAUUCUCAAUAUUUGAAGACGUGGGGGGUUGACAGCCCGGGUAAGUAGCAAAGUUUGACUGAUUGGGAUUGUGUUAGUGACUACACACAUAUAACAGCGACUAUGACUGCUACUGUGAAAGUGGUUUUGGAGGUUACUGUGACUGCAGCUGUGACUGCGGCCAUGGCUGAGACCAGGAGCCCAUAAGUAUUAACUAAUAUCAUUUAUAAACUUGACACUUGGACUCUUGCCCCCCAGAAGACAAGUGGUAUGGCGUGAUUCUGUGGGUGUUGAGAGUUCUGGGUCAGGGCUUUAAAUCAGAGUGCGCAGAUAUUUUUCAUCAGAGUUUUCUCUGGUUGUUGCACCAUACUGACGAGCCCCAAAAAGGGCGAAACAGCUGUCUGUGGCUACAAUCUCGCUCUGUUUUGAGUUAUUUCGGUGUCGAGUUGAUGUCCUGCAGAGUUAAUUUUCACGUAGUUCGAUCAGCAUUGCAGUAUUCUGUUUGCAGAAUUUAAUUUGUCUACAUUAUUAUUUUUGCUGAUCAGAUCUUUUAUGUAUUAACCUUUUUAGCUCCUAAAGACUCCUGAAGCGCAGACAAGGAUCACUUGCCUUUUCUUUUACCAUGGAGUCAAAAGAGAAAUACAGAAGUGGAAAGAAGUCGAAGAAACCCCUUCUUUGCCUGAGGAUGAAAAACAGAACAUUUUACUGAAAUGCAAGAUUUCAGUUAGCAAAUACGCAAAGGUUGCACUGCUGGCCAACUCAUUUAUGCAACGGAACAGCUCUAUGGAAAUUCGCAUAGUUGACUCGGAAAAGUAUGAUGUGGAAAAACAGAGGGAGGUGGAAAGGGAGACGUUUGCCCUCAUCCGUCUUAAAGGUAGGAAUAGAAUCCAUGUGUUUUUGUAGUUAAGCUACACGUAUACAACAAACCAGCAAACUUCAGAUUCAAGUUGAAAAUUUUCACGAUAGAAACUGAGCAGAUAAAACCGUUCAAAACAGUUCUUAUGGAUAAAAAGUGAGUGAAACUACUAAUUUAUGCGUGGAAAUAAUGAACAGUAAACGACUGGUAAAGGGAAACGUGGUCACGUGAUACAAACUCGCGUUUGCAGUUUGACGCACGUUGCUUUAAAACGUCUCUAUUAGCUGCUGUUGUUGCUUCCAUUGAAACAUAAUCGUUCGAUUUCCUAACUACUCUAACCUGCGAUCAGGUGUUCUUAGUUUUCGGGGAAAGCUCGAAAAUGAGCGGACGGUUUACACAAUUACUGCUUUUUAUAUUUUUUUUAUUAACUGGAUUAAACGCCUCAGCACGUUUAUUAAAUUUUUAGCGUUUACGAUCUGAUUCAGGAGCGAUGUCUAUUUUGGUGACAUUUCUUUAAUCACUGACAAAAAUUACGAUUAUCAUAAUCAUUUUUAUUCUUCUAAGUUAUGUAAAACAGAAGGAUGUUUUAAGUUCAAUGGUUUGUUUGUUUUUCUUUGCUGAGAUUCGUAAUUGCCUGGAUGGGGUAGGUUACGAGGUUGUACCGAGUUUUUCCCUCCCCUAAUAUACGCCGCAAUGUACUGAGUGGGUGCGCGUUUGGUGAUGUUUUCUUCCAUGACAUGAUGAAUGUAUUAAUUAGUUUUAAAGAAAUGUAAACCCUAUAGCAACAUUAGCAAAAAAUGUAAUCUUUGUCGUUAUGAAAAUAUCAACCACCCAUAUUUUACUGCCAGCUUUUAAUUUUAACGGUCAAUCGUUGAAGUUGCCUGAUGAGUGUGGUCCUAUACAAUUUCAGACCAUACGAAACAGAACUGUCGCAAUUAAAUGAUCGAUGAUUACUCCUGAAGCCUGCACUCCUGUUAUUAUUAAUAGUCAAUGCUCUUCAAUUAAAUGAAUUGAGCGUUCUACGAAAUACGUUCUACCCAGAAUACAAGUAGGAAUUUCAUACCGUAUAUUGAACUGCGCGAGAUGAAAAAAAUACAGAGAAGAUUAUCACAGUUAAGUACUCAACUUAUGCAGUUGUGAAAAGAAAGCCUGAAAAAGUUCCGACUUUGUCGGUAUUCAAAGCUCAAUUUGGCUUUUUAGCUCAAUUAAUUAGAGCUCUGCACCAGUAUCGCAGAGGUCAGGGUUCGAGUCCCGCAAGGCUGAAUUUUUUCCAGGCUUUCUUUUCGCAGUUGCAUAGGUUGCGUAUUUAAUUGUGAUGAUCUCCUCGGUAUUUUUCUUCCAUCUGCAGCAUUUAAUCGAAAGUGGCGUUUAAUCGUUAGACACGGUAAUAUUCCCUAGGCCAGUUUUUUUUUCAGCAUUGUUCGUACUUAUAAGAAUCAGGAAAGGUAGACCAUCGAGGUGGAAAUCUCUUCAAAACUGACUCAAACAGUUGGAUAUUGAUUCCGUUUCCCCAUACGUUUAUCGUCUAUCUAAAAGGGAUAACGUCUAGUUAUUUUAGGGGGUUCUGUGUCAUACUCAAGCCCCUUCUCCUAAAACAGACACUGGCUGAUGCUUGGUCAACUUUAUUCCAAACAGUUCUUUGUAUUUCCUGUGAAAAAACUGCCCAUUCCAACAGUUUGAUAUCUGGUGAUCAGAAACAGGCAUUUUCGGCAAAACACUCCACCACUCUUAUUUCGUUAAUUCUUUCUGAAGGACGGGUAAUAUAACUAGAGGGAUAGAGUUUCUGCAUAGUAUAGUCAGCUUGUGUGCUAAGGCCUCCUUGAAAAUAAUGACCGAGCGCGUAGCGAGGUCAGCUAUUUUUCAAAAGGCAGAGGAGUGAGGGCAUUAUCCGAUUAAAUACACCCUUCCAUUGUUUUAGAACGAGCAAGUCAUUAUUGUGGCCUCGAAGUGGAACAGUAGCUUAUUAUUCGUAAUAAUAACCUCCUGUUCCACCCCAGUGGCUUGCUCCUCCCAUUUCUUGUAAAUAAUAACCUGUUCAACAGAAUGAAAGGCGCAUUAAAGCCACAUCCUACAUUUUACAGGUGGAACAGAUGAAGCAAUCUGCUACGCUGAUCAAGCAUCAUCUCCAGAUCAGCGAAAUUUUGCUUCUCAUCUCGUGAACAUCAAUGGGGAGGAGGUUGCGAACAAGCGAAAAGUCUACGAGAAAAGUCGAUUGGUUGCCUGGAGUAACGAAGACUCUAUCCUGAAACUUGCAACUACCAUCAUGAAAGAAAACUCUGAGAUGAAGGACAGAUUCGGCAUUGACGCAAUUGAAGUAAGCCUUUUGUUUUGGUCGUUUGUGUGUCCCUUUAUCGCUAGCCCUUUUAAGCCGCGUUAAAAUGCCUCGAUUAUCUGCGUUUUGAGCGGCUCUUUAAAUAGUUUAAGCACAGCCAGACCUAAUCCACCAAACUUAGCAUUUUCAAGCUGCGCGUAUAUUUCUCUUACGCCACUAAUUGCAGGGCUGGAAGUGCAGUGCGGGGUUUGAAAAAGUUAACGGGAUUACAUACGGGAAUUGACGGCUACUGGAGAUGCAGGAUUCGCCAAAAUACAGUGCGGAUUCAGAAAAAGUUAACGGUAUUACAUACGGGGAGUUGACGGCUACCGGAGAUGUGGGAUUCGCCAAAAUACAGUGGGGAUUCGGAAAACGUUAACGGAUACGGGAAUUGAAUGCUGCUGGAGAAGAGGAUUUGACCAAAAUACAGUGCGGGAUUCGAAAACGGUAAUGGGAUUACAUACGGGAAUUGACGGCUACCGGAGAUGGAUUCACCAAAAUACAGUGCGGAUUCGGAAAACGUUAACGGAUACGGAAUUGAAUGCUACCGGGGUAGCGGGGCUCACUAAAAUUUGGGCACUGAUGUGGGAUGGGAAAGAAAAUUAUGUUCGGGAGAGCGAUGAGAGAAAUUCAGGAUUCGGUAUUUUCGUGAUGCGUGUUCGGGAUACGGCAUUCUCGUGAAAAAAGAGUGGGAAUACGUGAUCAGGGCCUCCCAGUCUCUGUUAUUGUCUGUAAGUAGCAUCUUCUUUCCAUGCUAUCGUGAUUGACGAAAAUGGCUUUUAAGAAAAAUGAUGCGUUCGAGCACACUUUGUUUGGGUUUUGUGACAUUGGUCAAAAAAUAAUAGCCAUUUACUAAACGGAAGCGAUGAUUUACAGAGGCAAGAAGGAAAAGGUAAACCGUCCGAGACAAAAAGUACAUUGAAUGAAGAAGUUACCGAAAAGUACGAAAGGAAAGGGAAGGCUUCUUAGUUUCUUGGUGGGUGUUGUGUCAAGAAAUGCUAUCUAUCUUCAAUUUUAAAAAGCCUCUCAACAGAGCGAAGACUUGGCUGACCUGGAACAGCUGACUCGAAUAAGCAACAAAUUUAGAAGCGAGCUUGAUGCAGGCUACUUUGAUCGUAUCGGCGAGGGAAACUUUGGUUACGUGUACAAAGCUCAAAAGGGCAAACACGAUGUUGCUGUGAAGAUCUUAAAGAAUAAAGAAGACAAGGAUCUGAUCAAUAACUUCGAGAGAGAAGCUGAUAUGUUGAGGUAAGUUCAAGACUCUAUUUGAUAAAUAACGUUAUUAAAUAAAAGUGGCAAAUGUUUCGUUAAUGUAGCGAUGUCACGACUAUUUCCAGGGGAAAAAACAAGCAAUAACUACUUUCUGUUUUGCUGAUUACUGUAUUUAUUCGAUUAAGUGCCCAACCUCGAAUAAGCGCCCACUGCUCCCCGCCCCCCACCAAGAAAGAAAUUGACCUUACUGACAAUGAGAUUGAAAUUUACAAAGUGAUACUUAGCUAGAAACUUCCCACGCGACAAUGUUUCCUGGUACAUCUUCACGUUUUGUAAUUAUUUAUCUAUUGCUGUAAAAUAAAUUUACUACUUGCUGAAAAUGGUGAAAAUUUAGCCUCUGCGUUAGUGCUGCAGUGCUCUACCAACUGAGCUGUGAAGAACCAUACACAGAGAGCAGGCCAACGUGUUAAUUUCAUCUUGGCCCGCAAAAAAGAAAUGAGACGCGGAGCUCAUGGGUUGAAAUAUCGUUGAGGCCCUUAAACGAUUUCCGGGCUUAAUUUGUAAUUACAUUGCGAUUAGGACUUCGAUGGUCAUGUCUUCAUUUAGAUUUGUAUUCUUGGAGUUCCAUAAUCUUCAUUCUGUAAUUCUGAUCACUCUUAAUUCAAAGCUCCUUGUUUUCUAUUGGCAUCUGUUCCAUACGGCCUUAGAGGCAAGCCGCUGAUCAAAGUAUAUAUUAUUUUUAUUCUCUGACCAGAAAAGCGAAUCACCCAAAUAUUGUACAGGUCAUCUCUAUACACAUCUCCAAGAAAAGUGAGUUGUCCAUCGUGAUGGAGUUUAUGGCUGGAGGAAAUCUCAAAGACCUGUUGAGAGAAAACAAGCAAGGAAUGGGAAAAGAGUUCACAGUUACAUUCAUUGAAGAUAUCGGCUCAGCUAUCGAGCAUCUUCACUCGCUUGGUGUUAUGCACAGGGACGUUAAACCGGAAAACAUCUUUGUGAGUACUAGUUUAAAUUUUGGUGCAGUCAUUUUGUCUUUACUACUAACUUUUUACUGGUGUGAGUUCCUACAGUAAACCAGAAAUUUCUGUUUAGCCUACUUUGGGCCGUGUGUUGAAGUGUGCUCUGUGUGCAUAGCGCCCCCAAAACGCGACAAUUGGAGUCUUGUUCUCCUGGAGACACGUGAUAUAGCGUGAUCCGGUGGGUGUUGGAGUUCAUUGUUGAGGCUUAAAACGGAGUGAGCGGGUAUUUUCUCAGCAGAGCUUCUCUGUUUGUUAAGCUGUCCUGACUAGCCACAAUUAUGGCGAAACAGCUGGCUACAACCCCGUUCUGUUUUGGGUUACAAUGGUGUCCUGCUGAUGUCUUGCAAAGUUACUUUUCAUGCAGUAGUACGAUCAGAAGUUUGCAGAAUUCAGUGUGUGUACUUUGGUAUAUUUUUGCUGGUCAGGUCCUCUUUAGAUCCUACGCUCUGCGGCAAAUUCGUUUGCAGUCCUUUGCAGUUAAUAGUGAACUUAUGCAACAGGACGGGAGAGAAAAGAAGACGGUAAACCUUAUGUGACAAGCGUGACAAUAAUUGUUUGAAAUAACUUUUCGUCAAACUUCACUUUCAAACUUUUAUACAGAUCUUUUUUGUAAAGACCAGAAAACAUUGAUGAUAGUGAAGUUCACAACAAAACACACAACUAGUGGCCUUGUCACGUUCAUCACGCACAAGGGAUUUGCCGUCCUCUUCUUCCUGCCGUCCUGUUGCGUAAACUCACUAAUGUCCAAAACUGUGGCCAGUGGUUGCUGUUGCUGCUCAUUUCUAUUGCGUUUUUCUGUGAGUAGGUGGAAUAUGAUUGUCCAGGUGAGAUAGUUCCGGGUGAGUCUAGUCCUAGUCAGUGAGGUAGGAAGAGUCCCACAGAAAUCAUCCUUAACGAAAAAUUUGAAGAAAGGGCGCAAACAUUUAAUCAUAUCAGUUUGUUUCCUCAAAAUUUCUCAUCAGUUGUCGAAAGAUCAUAAAGUCCUAAAGCUUGGGGACUUUGGCCUAGCCAUGCUACUAUAG